AACUAAACUCAGGGAUAACCUGGAACCUUACAGACGCGAGUGAGCUAGAGAAACAGAACGGCUCACACUUUGCCAGUCUGCGUGACGAUUUCUAAUUAACUGAGCAAACUAGCCAGUGGGUGACAGCAGAACAUCAACCUGAACACAGAAAUGAGCCUUACUUCUCUAGAAGAAAAGGGGCUUGACCCUUUAGUACUCAGUGACCAGUUCUUUGAGCUGUGGAACCAAAAUAAUCUGCAGAUGCUACAUUUGGCGGCUAUCCAAGGAUUUUCAAAGCUGUCUGAGCCUCUGGAGGCCUUACUAACAAUCCUGGAGAGCUGUCCGGGGAAACAGAAGGGUCGGAGCCACACCCUGGGCUAUCACAUUCUCAUGGAAUUCCAGACGUGGAUGAAGGAACGUCCUCAGGUGAGCCUGAGCUCUUUGGCUGAGGACAAAGCAGUGGAGCUCCAGCGGCGGGCUCUUGGUCUGCUGACAGACACCCAGCCCAACUUUGUAGACACCCUAAUCAACAUCUACCAGCUUAAGACUUUGGAUCCUUCCAUACAAUGUAUGCAAAUUUACAAGCUCCAAGCUUUGAACUGUUAUAAAGAGGCGGUAACUCUCAGCAUAAAGCUCGGAUUGCAGACUGAACUAAAUAUAGAGGAGAUGCUUAUCCCUCUGAUUUUACAAGACAAGCUGCCUUUGGCAGAGUCCUUUGUCAAAGGACACAGACAGCUUGAAAAUCAGCUUGUUAUGUUACUAGACUCUUGGUGUCACCCGGACUUCAAUGUGGAAGACAUAAGAAAGAAGUUUCCUUGCCUGUCUCUGUCCAAACACUACAUGGCACAGAUUCAACCCAAAAUGCUCACCAGACAUGUUGUACGGCUCAUGGAAAAAUUCAAAAUUGACCAAAGCCUCUGUCCAAAUGCUCUUCACAAGAGGAGACUGGACUCUCUGCGUUACCUUGUGUAUAAGACAUUUGGGGACAAAACCAUGACAGAGGAGAAUUGGACAGAUCACAUGCAAUAUGUGGUGGCAGAUGACCUCGAGCUUCAAGUCCAUUUGGUGGAGCUGUUGGUGAAGCACAGCAGUCUUCAGAAAGCCUCACAGUGGUCACUGAGAUACAAUAUCCCUAAAAAUCGACUUUCUCAGGGGGUAUGGGAAAUGCAGCAGAGUCUGCCACCUGACCUACAACAGAGAUGUUUGAACGAUCUCACACAAGAGGAGGAGUGGAUCCCACCUCAGUCUCACUGCCAGAAGUUCUACCAGGCACCUCUCACCAAAAACAAAGUCCACUUUGUAGAUACGCUGGAAACUCUGCAAAGAUGUCAAAGCAUUGUCCUAAAGGAGAGUGGUGUAGUAGGAGUUGACAUGGAGUGGCAGCCUACGUUCGGCUGUGUCGCUACUCAGAAAGUUGCUCUGAUACAACUCGCUGUUCUUGACCAAGUUUUCUUAUUAGACCUUUGCGCAAAAGGAUUCUGUCACCAGCCUGAUCUAGUUGGUUUCAUCAGGGCCUUGUUUUCUGAACAAAAUAUUCUGAAACUGGGUUAUGGUAUGACCGGGGAUCUCAAGUGUCUCUCUGCCACCUGGCCUGAGUUAUCGGAGGAGCCACUGAAGAUGGAGGGAAUGCUCGAUCUUCUUAGAGUACACCAAGAGAUUCAACGUGGAAAGGUGAAUCGAGUUCAAAAUGCCCCUAGAGAGGUCCUAGUUUGUGAGGACAGUUCAGAGAAAGGUCUCAGUUUGCUGGUGCAGCAGGUCCUGGGAAAGCCUCUGGACAAGACAGAGCAGAUGUCUAACUGGGAGAAGCGUCCACUUCGCAUCAGCCAAAUUAGAUAUGCAGUGGCAGAUGCCUACUGCUUGCUAGAUGUGUACUCGGCUCUCUCCAGCAACCCAGCGAGCUUUGGGCUGCCUGCUGACCUCCGCAGUAUCACUUCAGGCCAAUCAGAGAUGAGCAAAGACAAGCAGAAGGAGAAAAGGGGCAAGAAGGCAGCACAGGAUCCUAGGAAAGAGGAAUGUCAGGGGGCUCAGAGGGUCAGUCCCCCUCAUUCUGACACACUGAAAGGCCUCCUGUGUGGCGAGCAGCCCUCAGAAGACACUCCACCCCUAAACCCCCAGCAGUUGCGGGUGGUGUGUGACAACAUGCUGCAAGGACUGGGAAGAUAUCUGCGGUGUUUGGGAGUUGACGUGGUCAUGCUGGAAAACACUGAUGAUCACAGAGUGGCAGCAAAGUUGGCACAAGAUGAAGGCCGUGUCAUCCUCACAUGUGGUCAACCGUUCCAAACUUUACGUUCCCAGGUGGGUGAAGGUCGCUGUCUGUCCUUAGACUGUUCAGAGAAGGCCAGAGACCAGACUAUUCGAGUCCUAAGACACUUCAAUGUCCAGCCUACUCCCAGUGACAUAUUCAGCCGCUGUCAGAUGGGAGGAAGAGACAGUGAGAAGGGGGUCGUGGUGGAGAGAUGUUGGGGGGACGGGAGGCAUUCCAUACGCAGACCAAGACAUUCCGAGAGAAACCAUCCCAAAUAUUUCCCACUGUGUGUGGCUUGUAACAGCGAUGAAUAUGUGUCCAUUCCCAGAGCUGACAUGGAAACAAUGCUCAAAGAGAAAGGAUUUCUGCAGGAUCACAACACCACUGACCACAUGCUUGAGAAAUCCUGUCAACAGGAAGAGUUGAGGCCCGAUGACACCCUGACCCCCAGCGUGACCCCUGAGCCCCCCAGGUACGCCGCUCAGUGUCGCUGGGCCUCCCUUUCAGGACUGGACCGCGACACCAUGACCUUUCCCGGGGGGUCGCCCAUUCAGCUCCACACUGUGCCCCCCGCCUUGCUGCAGAGGAUACCCCUGUUCUAUGUCUGCACCAGAUGUGGCAAGGUGUUCUGGGAAGGCUCUCACUUUGGCCGUGUCCUCUCUUUGUUCCAGGAAGUCCUACACAUAACAGAAAAGGAUCACAUCUCAGUUGCCGGGCCAUUCAAUUGAUGCAGAGCUACUCAUUUUUAUAUUUUGUAUUAAGUUUUUAUUUAUGUUAUUUGUUGAUAAUUCAGUUCUCUGCUCAGGUCCAUGUAUUUAUCUUUCAUGCAGUCUGUGUCUGAUGAAGGAAUGCCAGCAGUUCCAAGCCUUUAAGUCACGUUGUUGAGUUUUGACGAGAAAUUGUGCCAGGAGACUAAUUCUGGCACGGUUUCUUUGUUUUUAUUAUUUUUAUUAUUAUUAUUAGUGCAACAAAGACUGAUGUGUUUACAAUCCUAGCUAUUUCUUCUGUUGUUGUUUUUUUAAAUCUUAAUGUUUUUAUUUUUGAUUGUUUAUAAUCAGAUGUGUAGAAUUUUGCUUGAAUUUGAAACUUUUUUUCACUUUAAAAGGUAUAGAAAGCGUACUUUUCUAUUGGGGCCUAAAGAUUUAAAUUAAAUUAAAAUAUUGAAAAAUUAAGCCUUUAAUGGUUUCUAUUCAGUUAAGCAUCCCAAGUUCAGAACUAUAUACAUAAUUACAUGAAUCAUGUGUGUGUCACAAGUAUUUGACUCCCUUCUGUUGGAGAAGGUUAGAAAAUACAAGGAUGAAUAUUGCUUGGUGUUUCCUAUUUUGGACAAGAUCAUGCACGGUCCUUAGAAACGCUUCUCUUUAGCUAUAGGAUUCUCUGUUGUAUUAAAGUUAGGAAACUGAGAUGACAAUGAAAGAAAGCUAAUUUUAUGUUUCCAACAUUGGCAGAGACUGAAUUUUUAUUUGAAACUAUCUCUGUUUUUUUAAGAGUCCUUUAUGACAUGGCGUUUAGAAAAGAAACUGGGACACAGUAUCACAGAUCCUCCUUCAUACUUCAAAGUGCUCUGCAGGUUAUUAAUAAAUAACUUUUGUUUCACAGAAGAUGCAACGCAAGUAUUUGUUGCUGAAGAUUCAAAUCUUAGUCUCGGCUGACCAAAACAGUUCCAGUUAAAGUCCCACAAGAGUUUAUAAAACUCCACCUUUAGGUUUUGUUGGUAGGACAGAAAAGGCUGUUUCUGGUUAACAUGUAGAUUGUGGUUAGUGGCCGUUACAUGACCAUACUGCUCACUGUGCGUGGUGGUAAAAAAUAAAAGGAACUGUGGUAAAAAAGAAGAGAAAUUAGUUCUUGUCCAGCCUCAAAGUUUAUUUUGUCAAAUUAUUUUCGUUUUUUUCAAUUUAAUUAAUUUGUAAAUUAUCUUGUUUUUUCCAUUUUGAAUGGCAUUUGUGUUAUGUCAUACUUAAACCAGGUGAAGAGGGAGUAGUGGAUUACUAAACAAAAAAUGCCAUAUCAGGUUUUUAAGGAGUUGGUUCUUGAGCUGCGGAGAAUAGAAGCUAAAUAUUGGCACAUCUAGACAUCUCAAGUCUAGAUGUACCAGUGAUUAAUUAGCAUUACAUGAUUUUUUUUCUUCCUCGCUGAAGAAUUCUGCUUAGAUUAAAUGUUUUUUUUUACAAAUUGUGUGUGAUAAAUAACUGCUGUUGGAAUGCAACACUUUCAGUAAGUCUGGUAACUGGAUGUUUUUUCACAUUUUCCAUGUUCUGAAAAUAAGUCACAUGGACUGAUGGACUGAGAAUGGGCAGACUGAUGAGAUCUUCUAAGGUUUGCUGAUAUGUUUCAGGCAUAGCACCAACAUGGGGGAGUUUCUGGCAAUAGAUGUGUCAGAUCUCAUGGAAGAAAUCUCCCCAUACCAGAAGAAUCCACUCAUAUUUUCUGCCCUCUUUCCUAAUCUCAUUUUAAAUUUGUGUGAUUGCAUGACAUGAGCCUUUAUCCAAAACGGCCCAAAGAGAGUGAGGUUCGUGCUGCUAGAGAUUUUCUGAUAUUUUCUGUAAAUGUAUAUGGUCUGCAUUCUGUUAAAGCUACAACAAAAGGCAUACACCCAUAAAAUGUAGGAAUCUCUAACGAUAGCCAGAUGUGGGCUUUCUUCUAUUGAUCACAGGCAUCAAAACGGCCGCAGUGGUUUUCAGACAGCUCAUAGUCACUGAGGUAAAUUAGUGUUCAGUUUCUGAAUUUAAGCUGCAACAGCUGCAGGACAACAUCUGGGGUUUGAGAUGCUUAUAUUGCUACUUAAAUUAGCAAUAUAAGUAGAGCUGUCAUAAUUACAGUUAAGCUCAGUUAUAGAAAUCCUCAGUGUCCUCGUGUGUCCAGAUGUUUUUGAAUCCUAUUGAUAUAUCUUUUAAUAAGCAUGAGUAAACUAAAAUAUUUUAAUCGUGCCAUAAACCAAUUAACAAAUCAUUUAAAUUUUAUUAUUAUAAACGUAUAUGUAUUGCUGUGUGGUCACUUCCUUUUGUGCUACACUGCAAGAAAUUCUCUAUAGAAAUUAUUACAGAUAUGAUUGCUAUCAUGUUCCGCAUAACAAUUUUCCCAUCUAAUUGAUUCAAAUUAUAUUUUUAAGGAAAUUUCAGCUACAUUAGACAUGCCAUUUAUUUUUGUUUGUUAAUGUACUUCACCUGUUGAAGAGACUUCAGCUACAGAGAUUUUAAAAAAGUAACUGUGUCUCUGAAGAUGUCACAGAAAAAUGCGGGAGACACGGAUGUGAAAAAUGUAAAGGGGAAACAUUAAAAAUGUCCUCCUAAAUGCACAGGUUAAUAAAAGUUAGUCCAAAUUAUAGUAACAUAUGCAAAGUUCAAUUAAUAAAAAGUCCAUUGACUUUGUUGAAAAAUUUGUUUUAUAGUUUAGCAAUGAGUUUCCUAAGAACGUUCAAGCAAACAUUUAAUUUUUUAAUAGCAUAUCCACUUUUGAGUUUUGAUUAUUGCUCCCAAUUAAGUCAUUAGAAAUUAUCUUUAAUGGUCUGGGAAAAGGUUGAUGAGAAACUAAUGUGCGCAGCGCUGUGUGAAAAGAUCCCAAAUCUGCAAAUCAUUGCUUUACAAUAAAGAUUUAGCUCAUGCAAACUCAUUCUGCUCUGUCGCACAGCCUGAACCACACACACACACACAAGCACACACACACAUUCGCAUCUCGGCUUACAGCCAUAAGCUUUCAUAAAUAAGACUUUAUAAUUGCUGCAGUUGCAUUAAGCUCCCCUGAAAUAUUUUAUUGGUAUGGAUAAAACAGACAUGAUGCGGCUCCCGGACUGUCCUUGUCCGGGUGGUCGCAGCUCCUGUCUGCACAGAGCUCUGCGCUGCAGCGCCGUGUUAUUUGAUCCACGCUCUUUCUUCGCUGGGAAGAAAAGCUCGCCUCUUUCCCACGCUCUGAGGACACGUGGUGUCCGGAAUGAAUUGGAUUCAGAGGACCCUCCCUCCUGGUUAAACGUCACCUCCUUCUCACUCUCUCUCCCUCACAUUCACACACACACACGCAUUCUUCUUUUUUUUCUAUGUAUGUGAAAGAAACUGGUUAUAAUAAAGAAAAAAGGAUCAUUUCCUUCAUGGUUUAAUUCUUCUCUGUGAAUGAGAAGCCAACAUUUCUGUGGGUUUUUCGUUUUCUUUUUUUUAAAACUUUUUAGCAACAUGCAUUCCGGGAGAACGGGGAGUCUCCUCCUGUCUUGUCUGGCCCGGGUCCCUUCGGCCCCUGGGCACCAGAUCUCGAAUCAGAGCUCCGAGUUGCCUCGAUUUAUCCGACGCCCCAUUCACAAUCUUGAACUUAUGACUCUCUAUAAACAAACAUGCAUUUUGCUAACAAAGAAUGCAUCUAUAUCUAUAGCUACUCAGCUAUAGAGGCCACCGGUUUACAUUCGAAAUAUCCUCAGUGAGCUUUGGUUACUCUUAUUACUGUGCGCAUUUACGCACGCGUAACGCGCGCAUUUUAUAUUAAAAAGUUUUAUUUUCCGUCAAAGUAUGUGUGAUAUUAACAGAAGGUGUGAAGUUUGGAAAAACAGAGUGGGGUGAAGCUGUAUUUGGGGGAGAAAUUCAUCCAAAAGAGAAACUUUUGGCUCCUUCAGCUUGUGCACACGCUUUCCAAGUAUUUAAACUGACUCCAACUAAAGCUGUGAUGGCCGACAGAUGUUCCUGGUUUUCUAGAAAGUGUUCUGCAAAGACCAAGGGAAAAAAGGAAACAAAACACAAACUGCACAAAGGUCUUACAAAAAUCUUUGCGCUGAGAAAUUAAAAAGUGUUAAUGAAUUCCCGA